AACCCUCCAUGCAAUUCGUGAAAUAAAUUUACAGUACCUUGUCGGCAAAAAAAUCAACAAAAGCAUUUUUUCACACUAUAAACUUCAAAAUGCCGGACCAUCUUGGCUCAGAUCAGAGGAAAGUUAAAGAAGAACAGAAGGAAGACAAGCCAAUUCAAGCUCUCGAUGAAGGAGAUAUUGCCAUGUUAAAAACUUAUGGUGCUGGACAGUACAGUCGUUUAAUCAAACAAGUUGAGGAAGACAUUGUAGAAGGUCUCAAGAAAGUCAAUGAACUUGCAGGUAUCAAGGAGUCGGACACAGGGCUUGGACCUCCUGCCUUGUGGGAUCUGGCCGCUGACAAACAGACUCUCCAGAGUGAGCAGCCGUUACAAGUUGCCCGAUGCACAAAGAUAAUUAACGCCGACUCAGACGAUCCCAAAUACAUCAUCAAUGUGAAGCAGUUUGCAAAGUUUGUGGUUGACCUUGGGGACCAGGUGGCGCCCACAGAUAUAGAGGAGGGCAUGAGGGUCGGGGUGGACCGGAACAAAUACCAGAUCCACAUUCCCCUACCUCCCAAGAUUGACCCCUCAGUCACCAUGAUGCAGGUUGAAGAGAAGCCAGAUGUAACAUACAGUGAUGUGGGAGGCUGUAAGGAACAGAUAGAAAAACUCAGAGAAGUCGUGGAAACACCCCUGCUUCACCCAGAGAAGUUUGUCAACCUUGGCAUUGAGCCACCGAAGGGCGUGUUGUUGUUCGGACCUCCUGGCACGGGGAAAACGCUGUGUGCACGUGCGGUAGCCAACAGGACAGAUGCCUGCUUUAUACGAGUUAUCGGUUCAGAGCUUGUGCAGAAAUAUGUGGGAGAGGGAGCACGUAUGGUGAGAGAGCUGUUUGAAAUGGCAAGAAAUAAGAAAGCCUGCAUUAUCUUCUUUGAUGAGAUUGACGCUGUCGGAGGUGCACGUUUUGACGAUGGAGCUGGUGGAGAUAACGAAGUACAGAGGACCAUGUUAGAGUUGAUCAAUCAGCUAGACGGUUUUGAUCCCCGUGGUAACAUUAAGGUUCUCAUGGCAACCAACCGUCCCGACACACUCGACCCCGCACUCAUGAGGCCUGGGCGACUGGACAGGAAGAUCGAGUUUGGGCUUCCUGAUCUUGAGGGCUGUGCUCACAUAUUCCGCAUCCAUGCACGAUCGAUGAGUGUAGAGAAAGACAUCCGAUAUGAACUCCUCGCCAGACUGUGUCCCAACACCACAGGUGCUGAGAUUCGCAGUGUAUGUACAGAGGCCGGCAUGUUUGCUAUACGUGCACGCAGAAAGAUGGCGACUGAGAAAGAUUUCCUGGAGGCAGUCAACAAAGUGAUCAAGGCUUACGCCAAGUUUAGCUCCACUCCACGAUACAUGACAUACAACUAGUGGAUAUAUAACGUUGAAUUUCAUAUUUUUGUGUCGUUUCAUAACAUGGAUUCCAUGAGUUAUUCAUUUACUUUUGUUGGUGCAACAUAUAUGGAUUUAUGAAUUAUUAUGUUUUACUUUAUUGUCCAAGAAGCGCUUGUCAUGAAAUAAUGAUAAAUUUAAUAUAAAAAUUAAAAUGUGAAAUGUGCAAAAUGAAUAUUCAUGAGUCAUUGCUUUCUUCGAUAACAAAACAAAUGCUUUACUAGAAUUUAUGACAUGAAUGUACAAGAGAGGCCAUACCAAACUGAUUAUUUGUUAUGUACAGUCAUCGAAAUUAGAUUUUCAAUGAACAAGCCCGAAUUCAUAUACUAUGGUUUGGCAGCUAAUAUUUAAAACAAGACCUGCCAUAUAAAAUUCAGAAUUUUAGCAAGCCUGGAAGACAUUAUACCAGAGCAGGGCUUGCAUGAGGUUAAUUUGGACCGCUGUAAGAAUUGGGUUUUAAUUUCAAAACCAGCAGGAAAAAAAUAAAUAAAAAGGCAUUGAAAAGAACAAGUAUUAUUCUGCUUACACCAUUUUGCCUUGUGUUCACCCUCACACAACUAAUGAAAGCAUUAUAUACUACAUUUCCAUGUCCAUACAUCAAGUAAAUUGAAUCUCUCCCUGUUUAUGAUAUAGUUCCUGACUAUGUUAUUUUAAUUAUUAAGCUCAAGAAAAUCCAUAUGACUGCUUCAUUUAGAUCCUAGUUAUAACAUACAUAUAGUACUUAACUUUCACCAUGUUAAUGCAUGAGUAGGGAUCUGUUAUUGUCUGUGUCCCUGGUCUGUCCCAUAUGUUAUCAUCUAAAAUAACUUCAUCUUGUCCUAUUACCUGAAGACAUUUGGCUUGAUUACAUUAAAAAAUAUAAAACAUAAUUGUUAAAGAUUAAUGCAAUGUAAUUGUUUCAAAUUGAUCAAGUUGAAAAUGUUCUCUUAUAUAAAAUAAGGCAAAGCCAAACAUUUAAACUAAAUUUUUGAUUGCGUCAACAUUUUAAUGCUAAUAUUCCAUGAUGAAAAAAUGGAUGUGAUUGUGUUCACUGUUAUGCUAUAGUUCAUUAAGAACACUGGUUCCAUUUAAAUGGACGUGAAUGUAAUAAGUUUGAAUAAUUCAGAAUGAGUAUCUCAUUACAGAAUAACUAUGUCCUUAAAACCUCACUUAUUUAUGUGCUGUUGUCAAAUACCGUAUGAUGCAUCUGAUGUUUAACUUUCAAUGAAAAUAAAUAUUUGAAUACAAUAUAACCCGAGUGUU